GACGUGGAAAACUUUCCCCUUGUUUUUCAGAGUCUACGUGUGUUCCCCCAAACAAUAUAUCAGUCCCACUGCUGAUGCCUCUUGUGACCUUAAUGGAGCGUGAGGCUGUCACUUUUGAAGGAACUGACAUGUGGGAAAAAAACGACGAAAGCUGUGAGAUUAUGCUGAACCAUUUGGCAACAGCCCGACUCAUGGCAGAAGCUGCAGACAGCUACCGGAUGAAUGCUGAGAGGAUCCUGGCAGGUUUUCAACCAGAUGAAGAAAUGAGUGAAAUCUUCAAGACCGAAUUCCAAAUGAGAUUGCUAUGGGGCAGCAAAGGUGCACAAGUCAAUCAGACAGAGAGAUAUGAGAAAUUCAACCAGAUUUUAACUGCCCUCUCACGUAAAUUGGAACCUCCUCCUAUAAAGCAGGCAGAGCUUUGAUAACUAACUCUCCAGAGAACCUUAGGAUAUAAUUUCAAGCUUAUCCAGUUUCUUCUUUGAGAAAGCUUAUCAUUUGAUAAAGUAAGGUAAUAAUAAUGUGCAAAUCUGACAAUAUACAAGCUUUUAGUAUCCACAGGAUAUUAAACAUGUAAAUUGCACAGAGCACACUUAUUUAUGAAUUGUUUAAAAUUACUACUGAUUUUAAAAUGAAUGAUAAUUUAUUAAGGUAACUUGCUAAUGCUGAUCAACAAAUUUAAGUGAAGACCCAGAUACAUUGGCUGGUCGCUUUCUAUUACCGAGGUAUUUGACCAUUUUAGUUUUAAUAAUUCCAUGUCAGAUAAGUGUAAAUAGAAGAGUUUAAAAGCAUGAAACAUUUCAGAAGGUAUCAGUUGUAUGAUAUUCUUUAAAUAUGAAAAAUGUAAAUAGUCAUAUGAAAAUAUAUCUUUUUGUGAAACAACUGUAUCCAGUCUCUUUAAUAUUAAACAAUUCAUUGUAGUACAAUAAUUCUACCUCCUACCUUCCUGGGGCACCCUCUUCCCGUGCCACUACAUCCUGAAUGAUGAUAGUAAACCAAAAUCAAUGAGAGUGGUAUGGAAAUAAUUUUAAGAUUUCUGGCUUAGGGGACAGAGGUGAAUAGUGAUGAUACAAGGUAGAGCUGGCUCCAGAAGACCUAGGUUCCAACAACAACAAACAGCUGUGGUGCUUGCUAGCAGUUGGACUUUGGUCAAGUUAACCUCAAGUCAAGUCCCGUGUGCAGCACAGCGCCUGGUACAAAGUGAGCACCAGAUGUUAGUAUAUUUCAUGACAUUAUUUCACAUAUUUCAAAAUAAUUUUUUCCUCUAGCUGAUGAUAAGUUUGAGUUUUCCAGAUUUGUUUUCUAGGUUUUUGACUUCCCAAAGGGGAUACUUUCUAGUUUAUCAGUAUCCACCCCAAUAUUUUUCUAUUGU